UACGACGUUAAACUACGACACGAUACGACGGAAAUGGUCACGGUGUCGUUUGCUACGAUACGAAAAUUAUCUCAAAAAUUUAUUUCGUCAUGAGUGAAAUAGGAUAUAUAUGUAGUUAUUGUAAGUGGGUAUUAAAAAAGGAUCAAAUUACAAUGCAUUCAUGUCUAAAUAUUGAUAACAAAAAGGAACAAAUCUUAGUGAUAGAUAGUCAAAACAGACAUAUUUCCAUACAAGAUAUUGAAAACUAUGAAUUAGAUGAUAUAGAAAACUAUACAGAAAGAAAUGAGGUGGCGAAAGAGAUGAGUAAUAAUGACUCUUAUUCAAUAAAUAAACAAGCAAUUGAUGAAGAUUUAAUAAAUGCUGUCCAAAAGAGACCUGCAUUAUAUGACUAUCGAAUGCCCUUAAAAGAACGAAGUCGACAAAAGAAUGAUUUAUGGAAAAAAGUGUCUAAAGAUUUAAAUGGUAAAAUUUUUAUUUAA